GGCGGGGCGACCGGAAGUGACGCGAAUGCCGAGCCGUGGCGGGGCCGCCCCGCCAUGUCGCGGAGCCCUGAGCGGCGGCCGCAGUUGUGAGUACGGGCGGGCCCGGGGGUUCGGCUCGCAGGGACGCCCCGCCAGGUGGAGGAAUGAGCCUCUUCAGAGGUUUCUUUUGCCCCUUGGUACCAAUUUGCAGCCCUAGUUAGUUGGGGUGCAGCAUUGCAGGCUGUAUGUACCGAGUCAUUCAGACAACGGGACCAGAUGGAAAAAACCUUCUGAAAUUGCUUCCCAUUUCUAAAACUUCUGGAAGCUUUGUGCCAGUAGUUCAGUCUCCAGCCAUGCCAAAUAAUUCUAAUACAAAUGUUUCUAACCCAGUUCAUCUUACUUUUAAGACACAGCUUGGCAAUACUGCUGCACCUUCAUCUGUUAAGAUACCUAUUUUUCAGCCUCCUAAUGCUGGAAAGAUUAUUCUUACGGGGACAAUAGACAAGCAGGAAGGUGCUAGGGCAAGUUCUGAAAAGGAAAGCUUGAUUCCAAGUGCAGCUGCCAACGCCCAGAGUAGCUGUGUGCCCAUGGAUGGAGUGUCCUUGCAGAAUGUGGCCAUCACGAGCUCCUCUCCCCAGAGCAGCACAAACUACGUGGUGGUGAGCACCAGACCCCUCCCAGUGACUGUCAAGUCUCCAGUGCUGCCCUCUGGACACCACCUCCAGAUUCCAGCUGAUGCAGAAGUGAAAUCUGUCCCAGCAUCUCUUUUGCCACCUGCAAUACAGCAAAAAAUCCUGGCAGUUGCAGCCACCAAUGUGUCUGGAGGAGCUGACAGUACAAAAAUGCCGACGGUUAUUUACGUGUCACCCGUGAACACAGUGAAAACCUCCCAAGUCCUGCCCAAGCGCUUGCAGAGCUUUUGCCCCAGAUCUGCCACAGAAGUUUCAAAGACACUGAUAGUGACAGCUGCACAAAAGGGAUCUGGUUCUUCUCCUGAGCCAGUCACAUCCAAGGGGCAGCAGUGCCAGAAAACUCCUAUGAAAUGGAUCGUGCAAGAAACUGCCCCACUUUCAGCAGCUUGUCUUAUCCCUGUAAAGUCUUCAAAUAAUGUGGCUUCCAAGAUCCUGAGAACUUUGUCAGACAUGAAGAAUGUAGAGGUUAAUCCUGCAAAUAUUUUGCCGCUCUGUUCUAAUGGUCCUGGUGGAAGCCAAACCAAAAUCGCACCUUUAAAAGAUAAUGCUUUGGUCAUGUACAAUGGAAAAAUCUAUUUAUUCACCAAAAGAGGCUCUGAUGUUCUGUCAGCCCAGGCUGACAAACAAACAUCUUCCUCUUCUGAUGCUUUACUUAAAAAGGAGACACCCAAGCAAAUUGAUUCUACUGAAGUCAAUAAAAUAACCAGUAAAGUGGUGAAUCUGGUGUUGUCGAAAAGCAAAGGAGUGGUGCUGUCUCAGAAAGACCCCAAACCAUGUACAGUCUCCAAAAAUUCAUCAGCAGUUGCCUUAAGAAGUGACUUAAACUCCACACCUGCAGCUGCGCUGACACCAAGUGCUAAUCAGCAGGAUCCCACUGUAAUCCAGAGACAGAGUUUGCCCUUCCCCAAGAGCGUUUCUUGCAGUGACGUGAUCCCAGUUCCAGCAGUAGGGAUGCAGGAAAGUGUGUGGCAAAAUGGCAAAGACAUGAGUCAUUCCCCAACCGCAGCAGGGGCUGUGUUACCUCAGGCUAAGCAGGAAUGUGCUCUCAGUAAAGGCUGGCCAAAGAUCCAAUGUGAAAAGAUGGAUUCACCGGGAAAGGUUAUUCAAAUCAAACACCAAGAGCCCCCACACUGGAGACAAUACUUGGAGUUAAGGAAAAAAUUUGGUCUCUUUAAGGAGGAGAGAGUUUGCCUUAUGAGAAUACCAUUAAAGGCCUUCUGUGAGAAUCUAGAGGAAAGGGUUUGUUCCAGUGUCAGCUUGGAAAGGAAAAAUGAUUCUUGCAGUUCAUCCUCAUUGGAUGUGGAAAUAAUGAGUCCCUCAUUGGAUGUGGAAAUAAUGAGUCAUCAUCAGGAAAGUGUUAAAGAGGAAAAGGUAAUUGUGGAUGUGGAAGAGGAUUUGACUAGGAAAAGGAAAAUAAAAUCCUCACCUUUGUUGGACAAUGGCAAGAGGAGGAGAAUUUCGCUCAAAUCAGCCACAAGUCCCAGUUUAGAAACUACCAGCUCGAGUUUGAGUGCACUUAGCAGGAGUGUUUCACCUCCACCAGCCUCACCACAGCCAAGUGUUCCGACUGACUCUGUUGGAGUGUCCCAAGGGAGGUACUCAGAGCAGGACACGUUUCCCUGGUGCAGUGACACUACCCACCCAGGGAUUUCAGUUUCAGUGACUUCUGAAGAGGAUCCUUCCAUUCUGGAAGGUUCUUUCCGAGAUGAUGCUUUUCCUGUGGCUCCCCCGGACCUGGAUGAGACAAUCCGGGAUGAAAAAAUCAAACGACUGAAGCAGCUCCUGCGGGAGCGGGAGGCAGCUCUGGAAGAAAUGCGCCGGGAAAUGCAGCAGAGCUGAAACGCCUGCCCUGGGGAUCCCAACCUUGUGCAUCACCUCUUCAGUGACUUCAAGAGGGAAUCCCUUGCUUAAAUUAAUAUUUCUGGUAGAUGGAAGAACUAGUAAAGUUUACGUAUGUUUGUAUUGAGAGAACUGUAGGUUUUUGUUAAAUGCCAGAAAUAAGAGACUUGGACCAUCAAAUUCUACUUCUGGGACAUGAUCCAAGAGCACAGACAAAGGGCAUUUUUACCAGCAUAUUCCCCAUAUUUUGAAUCAAGGGGGUUCUGUAUUAGCAAAACUUUCCCCUUUCGAAUUCCAUCAUCUGGCUCUUAGAACCCCAAUGCAAAUUGCAAACCCUAGUUGUAGAUAAUUUUUGUUUAUUUUUCUCAUGUGCAUGAGAACUUUGAUGACUUCCUGAGAACUGUCAAUUUUCAGAAGAGGUCAACAUCAGUGUUAAUAAAUGCUAUUUAAAGGAUCUGGGAAUUAGACUUUAGGCAGUAACAAUGCAGAUAUUUAUACAAAAACUUGUGUAUAUGUAUAUAUAUAUAUAUAUAUACACACAUAUAUAUGUAUUAAAAAAAAAUGCAGAUGUGAAGACAGAUGCAGGAGGAGCCAUGCAAAACAGCAAACAGUUGUUUGGAUUCAUGGCUCUCCCUGUCAUUAUUGUGAGCCUUUAUAAGGCCACGGCCAGUUGUGCAAUGUGGAAAUUUGGUUGUGGGGUUGUUUUGGAAGGGUGGGAUUUUUUUUUUAACAGAAUUGUGUUAAUAAUAAUUUCUUGAUGCUAAAAGACUUCUUUGUCCCUGGGUGGUAUCUUUACCAAUCCUCAGUGGGUGUCUUUUAAUUUGUUGUUGUUUGAACAUGUCUCUUGCCAUCUUCAGUUGUGGUACCUUAGUUUGCCUUGUAGGAGGGGAUGUGCCCUCAAACUGUCUUUACAUCUUAAUUUCUUUAGAACUUUGUAUUUUCCCACCAUGCUCUGUUGUAUGUGUACGGACACCUUUCCUUGUCCUCUGUUGUCCAUGUCUUUGAUCUUUGCAAGUUCAUUCUGCAGCUUGUCAGUUUCCCUUCCAUCAAUUAAUAACUUUUUUUGCCAGCAGAGUUUGUCAUUGUUUUGUUCUUGUCUAUUUAUGUUUAUGUUAAACAUCGCCAAUCCCGGCAGAGCUCUGCUGCAAAUUUGUGUUCACGAGAGGCUGUUUUUUACUGUCCUUUUGUUUUUUAUUCUUAUUUUGUUUAAUGAAAUUUUCAUCUGCAGGGUUUUCAUUUAUUAUCCCUUGGAUGCCCAGUUGAUCUAUAGGGUUUUGGUGGAGGAUGGAUAUUUCUUGGAGAGCUUAGUCCCAUAUUUUUUAUUUAUAUAAGUUUUGGCAGUGGGAAAAAUUCCAGUGGAUUGGAGAGACAGGAAAGGUUUCUCAAGGGAAGAAAAAGAAAGUUCCUGCUCUGAAGAAUCACAGAAUCAGAGAAGAGUUUUGGUUGUAAGGGACCUUAAAGCUAAUCUCAUUCUACCUCCUGCCAUGGGCAGGAACACCUUCCACUAUCCCAGGUUCCAAGCCCCGUCCAGCCUGGCCUGUGACACUUCCAGGAACAGGAAGAGUUUGAGCUAGACCAAGAUGAUGGACCAGAUGCACAGUGACAGGUGAGGAGGGAAGGUGAAUAAUGGAAAUAAACUCUGCAGUGAUUUAGAUUACUUGGUAGGAGGGAAGUGUGGUGGAACAAGCAAGUCAGGGUGGUUCUUUGGGUAUCCACAGGCUCACUGUGUAUGGAAUGGGUGUUUUGGGUCAGAAUUGACCUUGACCAUCUCCCAGACACCUACCUGCUCCACUCGCUCCCCUCCUGCGGGAUGGGGGAAAAUGGAAGAAUGGAAUUGUGGGUGGAAAUAAAGACAGUUUAACAGGUCAAGCAAAAGCUGCUGGCACAAAAAGUAAAAUCGGGAAUUCAGUCACCAUGUUGUGUCAGCAGGCAGAAGAUCGGCCACUUCCAGGGUCUCUGGGCACAGUAUUCACUUGGAAGACAAAUACUGUGACCACGAAUGUCCUUCCAUUCUCCUGCUUUCAUACAGCUUUUAUUUGCUGAGUAUGGCCUCCUGUGGCAUGGAAUAUCCCUUUGAUCAGUCUGGUAAGACUGUCCAGGCUGUAUCUGUUCCUAGUUUCUCGUCCAUCCCCAAAUUCCAGUCCAUCGCAAGCUUGCUAGGGGAUGCACAGCAAGAGGAGAAAACCUGGAUGUCGUGGGAGCUCUCCUCAAAACAUGGGUGUGUGAUCAGCAGUCUCCUCAAAAUCCCAAACAUGGCAUGAUGUGAGGCUACUGUGAAGGACAUUGACUCCAUCCCAGCUGAAAGGAUGAAGUGGGAAUUGGGAAGGAGAUUGAGGCAGCCUUAUGUCAUGUAUCUGGUGCUGCAAUCACCUGGUAGAUGCUCUUCCAACAGGCUUUGCUCACUUACUGUCCUCUAACAAAUCUCUUUCCUCUGUUUUCCAAUGAUGUCCAAGAAAAUUAAUGAGGCAGAGUUCUCUUUAUCUUCUUGUUUCACUUGAGGAUUCCAGCAUUGACAUUCUAUAUGGGUGCAGACAAUUGGUCUGAAUUUAGGCUUCAGGCUCUGCCAGUGUCUGUGAAAGGCAGGCGAGCAACUUUGUCAUUCUGGACUGGGAAAAUCUUAAGGAGGAAUUCAGACAAACCCUGGGAAGUGAGAAACCAUCUGCAGGUGGUAUUUUUCCAACGUUUACUGGCAAAAGAUGUUUAUAAAAGGGUGUAGACUCUAAUAACCAGUCACAUUCUUUGUACUGAACUACUAAAAGUAGAAUUUAGAAGAAUAAAGCUUGCUCUCAUUUUACCGUCAUAUCAACAAGAGUCUUGUAAUUUCUGUGCCAUCUGAAAAUCAUAACAACAAUUCUACAGUAUGCUAUCUUCUUUCUCCCAGAACCUAUUUUCCUUAACAAAGUAGUCCAUUUGCCUGAAUUUUUUGUAGAGAUGAUAAAAUACUCAAAGUUGGGAGAAGAAUCCUCACUGCAAAAUUUUGAAGAAAUGGGACCAGGAUUUGGUGGAAGAAGGUGAAUGGACUAUCUCCAAUAUGGUGAUGAAAAACACCUGAUGCAGUUCAGAAAAAGAGUGAAACCAAGUAUGGAAGAGAGAGAUCUUCCUUGGAACAACAUUAGUGCAAGGUUGGAGGGAUCACUGAGAGCCAAGAGAAGCCUCUUGAUGUGCCGAUGGGGGAAAGUUGUUCCAAAAGGAGCAAAGGGGCUUCAAGGACAUUGAGGCUGUUGGAACUGCUCCUAAUCCAGACCAUCUGCAGCACGGAUUGGAUUUUACUGCCCUGUUCAUCCUUGAACUCCCCCAAUUUAUGAAGUCUGUGGCAAGAACUAGAGUUCUGGGAAUGCUGGCUGUCACCCCAGGAGUGAAGGUGACUGGUGGCCAUCCCUGAGUGCAGCCCGGGCUGGCAGGAAGGUGUCACACACCAGGAUUGGUGUGCUAAGUACAUACGAAAUCCAUGGAUUUAGGAUAUUAAUGACUUCAAGCAAAUUCCUGGGAGGAAUCAGCAGGAGACCUUUUAGGAAUUUCAGAGUCCAAAGAGCAGAGGUGGCAGUGAGUGCUGGACUGAACAGGAAGGAAAGAUGGUGCUGGGCAAGUUGCCAGCAUCAGCCAAACCUGGUGCCAGGACUGUCCCUUUGCCUGUCUUCUGUACUGGAAACCCACCACAGCCCCAGAACUUCUAUGUGAGGCACAAACCUUCAUAGAGGUCUGUCCCAGACAUAGAAUUAUUGGAUCAUUUAGAUUGGGAAACACCCUCAAGAUCAUCAAGUCCCACUGCAAACCUGAGGCAGGCAAGCCCAGCACUGACCCAGAUCUGGGCAUUGUCAGGUGCAGCCCAGGAAGCCACCUGGGGAUGGCUUUAAGGGGGCUGUACCAGGAACAGGCAUCAGAUGAAGCUCUGGACAGACAACAGCAGUGUCAUGUUCACAACACAGCAGAGCAUAACUGAUCCAGGAGGUUCUGGAAUGCAUUGAGGAUAAACACCUCCAAGUGAGAGAGGAGCCAGCAAGGAGAGGAGCUCACCAACAAGGAGGACCUGGUGAGGAAUGAGAAGCUCAAGGGCAGCCUGGGCUGAGCGAACAUGGAAUGGUGGAUUCGGAAUCCUCAGGGCAACAAGGAGGGCACAGUGAGCCCUGGGAUUCAGGAUGCCUCUUCAGGGAUCUGCAUUGUUGAGUCUCAUGGGAUAAAGCCCUGGAGGGAAGAGGGACCCAGGAGAGCUGGUUGAUAUUUAAGGAUCGCCUCCAAACUCAGGAGCAACAUAUCCUAAGCACAAAGAAGUUGGACAAAAACUCCAGGAGGCCUGUGAGGGUGAACAAGGAGCUCCUGGACAAACUCAAGAGAGUAUGGAAGCAAGGACAGGCAGCCUGGGAAGAAUACAGAGGGAUUGUCUGAGCAGUGAGGGAUCACGUUAGGAAACCUGAAGCCCUGGUAGAGUUAAAUCUGGUCAGGGACAUCAAGGGCAACAGAAAAGGUUCUAUAGGUACAUUGGUGAUAAAAGAAAGACUGGAGAAAAUGUGGGCCCUCUCCAGAAGGAAACAGAACACCUGCUUACCAGGAUGUGGAGAAGGUUGUGGUUCUCAGUGUUUGUGCCUCAGUCUUUGCUGAGUAGUGACCCAGUCACACCACCAGAGUCGCAGGGGCAAAGGCAGGGACUGGAAGAAGGAAUAACCAUCCACAGAGGAGAAUCCCAGAACCUUUAAGGUUGGAAAAGCCCUCCAAGGUCAUCAAGUCAAACCUGUGUCAUUGAGUCCAACCUGUGACUGAUACCCACCUUGUCACUCAGCCGGGAGCACUGAGUGCCGCAUCCAGGCACUCCGUGGGCUUCUCCAAGGAAGUGUCUGCCUCCAUCUCCUUGGGGAGCCCCUUCCAAUACCUGAUCUCCCCUUCCAGGAAGAAAUUCUUCCUGAUGUCCAACCUGAAACUUUCCAGGUAAAACUUGAUGCUGUUUCCUCCUGUCCUGUCCCUGUUCCCUGGGAGCAGAGCCUGAUGCCACCUGGCUGCGCACUCCUGUCAGGGAGUUGUGGAAAGCCAGAAGGGCCCUCCCUGAGCCUCGUCUCCAGGCUGAGCUGCCCAGCUCUCUCAUCCAUUACUUACAGGACUUACACUCUCUACCUUCACUAGCUCAGUUCCUUUCUCUGGACUUGAGAAGAUAAAAUUCAGAAAUAUUUAAGGAAUAUGAAGGUGUACAGGUCUGUGGGCCCUGAUGAGAUGCAUCCAUGGAUCCUGUGGGAACUGGCAGAGAAAGUUCCUAAACCACUCUCCAUCAUAUUUGAGAAGCUGUGGCAGUUCAGUGAAGUUCCCACUGACUAGAAAAUGGGAAAUUUGAUCCCCAUUUUUUAAAUUAAGGAAUAAGGCAGAUGCAGUAUACUACAGGUCAAUCAGUCCCACUGAUGUCCAGCAAGAUCAUGGAGAAGAUCCUUCUGGAAACUAUGCUAAGUCACAUGGAAAAUAAAGAGGUGAUUGGUGGCAACCAACAUGGCAAGAAGGCAUGAAGAAGACAAAUCGUGCCCGACAAAUUUGGUGGCCUUGUACAACAAAGUGACAGUGCUGGUAGGUGAGGGCCGAGUGAUUGGCAUCAUGUACAUGGACUGUGCAAAGCAUUUGACACUGUCCUGCAAGACAGCCUUGUUUCAAAACUGGAGAGACAUGUAUCUGAUGGGUGGAACACUCACCGGAUAAGGAAUUGACUGGAUGGCAGCACUCAAAGGGUUGUGGUCUGCAGCUGUAGACAAUUAUGUCUGAGUGGAGCCCAGUGACAACUGGUGGCGCAGGGGUCAGUGUUGCGAGCAGUGCUGUCUUUAUCAGUGACAUGGACAGGUGGGAUUGAGGCACCCUCAGCAUGCUGCUGACAGUGAGAUGUUUGGUGGAGUCACACGCUGGAGGGAAGGGAUAGGGCAUCCAGAGGGACCUGGAUGGGCUGGAGAGGUUGUGAUCAUGUGAGCCUCAUGAAGUUCAACAAGGCCAAGAACGAGCUCUUGCCUCUGGUUUGGGGUGACCCCCAGCACAACUCCAGGCUGGGGCAUGAAUGGAGUAGCCCUGAAGAGAAGGACCUGAGGGUGUUAGUGGAUGAGAAGCUCAAUAGGAGUGACUUCAUCAGUGAUAAGGGGAGGCUGACAGAUGUCAUUUAUCUAGACUUCUGUAACUAUUUGACGUGGUUCUCCCCAGUAUCGUUUACAUUUGAGAGAUGGAUUUAACAGGUGGACUGUCAGGUGGAUAAGGAAUGGGUUGGAUGGCCACAUCCAGGCAGUUGUGGUCAACAUCUCAGAGUCCCAAUGGGCAUGGGUGACCAGUGGUGUCCCUCACAGGUCCAUACUGGGAUCAGUAGUGUCCCUCAGGCCUCUGUACUGGGACCAGUGUUAUUUAACACCUUCAUUAAUGACAAAUUAAGGGAUCAAGGGCACCCUGAGCAGGUUUGCAGGUGACACUGAGCUGAGGGGGCAGAGACACCCCUGACGGAAAGAGUCAUAGAGAGGGACCUGGACAAGCUCAGAAGUGGCCCAUGGGAAACUCAGGAGGUUAAACAAGGCUAAGUUCCAGGUGCUGCACCUGGGUCGGGGUGAUCUUUGGGUGGAUCCAGGCUGGCGGUGAGCAGAUGGAGCAGCCCUGGGACAAUGACUUGGGGGUGUCAGUGGGUGAGACCUGGACAUGUCUCAGCCCAGAAAUCCCCCAAGCCCUCAGCUGAUCCCCCAGUGUGGGCAGCAGGGGAGGGAGAUUCUGCCCCUCUGCCCCACUCAGCUGAGACCCCACCUGCAGAGCUGCCUCCAGCCCUGGGGCUCAACAGCAGCAGAGGGAUGUUGAGCUGCUGUAGCAAGUUCAGAGGAGGCUGUGGAUGGCUACAGCCCCUCUGCUCUGGGGCCAGGCGGGGAGAGCUGGGGAUGUUCAGCCUGGAGAAGAGAACACUCUGGGGACACCUUAGAGCUCCUUCCAAUGCCUAAAGGGUCUCCAGGAGAGCUGGAGAAGGAACUGGGCAAGGAAUGGAGUGACAGGACAAGAGGGAGUGUCUUCCCACCGCCAGAUGGCAGGGUUGGAUGCGAUAUUGGGAAGAAAUUCUUCCCUGAGAGGGUGGUGAGGUUUUGUACAGGGUGCCCAGGGGAGCUGUGGCUGCUCCAUGCGUGAGAGUGUCCAAAGUCAGGUUAGACAGGGCUUGGAGCAACCUGGGAUAGUGGAAGGUGUCCAGGGGUGGAAUGAGAAGAUCUUUAAUGUCCCUUCCCACCCAAACCAUCUUGGGAUUCUGUGAAUUGAGAUCUGAGGAUUCUCCACAGAAUAAGUCCUGGGGCAGAGCUGAACCAGGGCCAGCCACAGCAGCCCGUGCCAGGGCUGGAUGCUCAGGCUUGGGCUCAUGUGGAGCUCAUGGGCCCUGAGUGUGUGAGGAGGUCCCAGGAGGCUGGGCAGGGCAAUUCAGGUAUAUUAAUGGACCCUGUAAGUCUGUUCAGGGCUCGGUUGGUCAGGCAUUGGAAGGGGUUGCCCAGGGAGCUGGUGCAGGCACCAUCCCUGGAGUUGUUUAAAGGGUGUCUGGAUCUCGCUGGGUGAUGUGAUUUAGGGUUUAUGGGGCUACAGUGGCUGUGGGGGAUGGACUUGGGUGGAUGAUCUUGAAUGUCUUUUCCAACCAUGAGGAUUCUAUGAGAGGUGCGACCCAACCCCGACCCUGGAUCAUGGCUGUUGGUGGGGCUGCAGAGAAGGGGAAAAAGGCGGGGAUUCACUGAGGGUGUGUAACUCUGGAGCAGCUGGGAGCAGGGAGCUGCUCCUCGGUAGAGCUCAUCCUUGUCUCUUUGCAAAAGGUGAGAGAGCAGAAAAAGGGUUUUCCUGGCAUUGAGGAGGUUGUUAAACGGAGAAGCAUUGGAUGCCCUGAGGCUGAACUUCCAUGGGUCUGCAGAUGAGCAGGAAUCCCAGCACAUGGGGCUGGUGGGGGACCAGUGAGGAGGGUUUACAUUCCUGUAAACCCAGGAAUGUACUGGUUUGGGCAGUAAAAUCAGUAUCUUUGAGGUUGGAAAAGCCCUCUGUGAUCGUGGAAUCCAACUGUUCUCCAGCACUGCCACCAUUAAUCAUGUCCUCCAAGUGCCAUAUCCACGUUUUUUUUUUAAAUCUCUCCAGGACUGGUGACUCCACUGUUGUGGGCAGCUGUGCCAGGGCUGGACAACCCUUUUGGGGAAGAAAUAUUUCCUGAUGUCCAACCUAAACCUCAGUCAGCCCUGGCUGGCUCAUCACAGUGACAUUAGGUUACAGAGAAAUUCCUGCACUCUGGUGCAGCAAUUGCUUCUGCCUGCAUCAGGUUGGAUGUCUGUUGUUGGGAUCAACCUCUCCAUGUUUCACAGAGAUCCACAGAGAAAGCAGUGAAGGGGAGGUGAGGAAAGCCCUGUGAGCAGGCAGAUGCCUUCUAGAGCCUCCUUGAGGGCUACAUGAAUGAAUCAAUUGGGGUUUUUUCUUCUCCCAUUAUAUCAGGCAAAGAUCUCUCUCUCCGCCACAGGGAUCCCAUCACUGUUGGGGGCCAUCUCUUGCCUAAACCAUUUGUCUAAUGAGCCUUGAGGGGAGGCAAAGGAUUCUCUCAGCUGAAACAUCACAUUUUCUAUAUUGGAGCAGUUAAUUAGGAACUGGGGUUUACCUAUUCCCUGCUUAGGAAGUGUAUGGCCUAGCGUGCAGCUCUCCAGGGCGACUGGGAUCCCUAAGGAUUCAUCAGCAGGUGAAAUACAAUACUGGGGAAACCUUCCCAUGCCAUGAUGCCCAGGGUUCUCUGUGACUCCAUGUGAAUCACAUCCACCUGUCCUCUCACCCCACUGCCCUCAGUAGUAAUGCGUCUUUUGGCCCCAAACAAUGUUUCCCCCCUGUGGAUUGUCUGAAGUCUGGCUGAACCAGGCUGGAAAUGCAGUAACAAGGAUGGAGACAUCCCAUUUAAAUCUGGGAGAAAGAAGCUACUCAUGGAACUGCUGGGGUUUCCAGGAGGCCUCCAGCUCAGAAUAAUUUCUCUCUUGGUGCUUUGCUUGGUCCUUCAGGAAGGGAAGAUGCCAUAGUAAGGGAUUCUGGUGUGGGAGGAAAUGUGCUGGAGCUCAUGUACAAGCCUUGAGAAGUAACUUGGGAAGGGAUCUAUUCCUGCCAAGCAGGGCUCAAAGGCAGCUGUGGAGGUACUUGGUAGAUCUGUGUGCAAUCAAAUAUCCUCUUAAUCUGCUGUACGUUGGUAGAAUUUGAGAUACUUGUUUUUAAGGCUUCUGGCUUGGUCUGGGAAUGAGUGGAGUGUGGAAGGUUGUCCCUAUGGAUUGACCCUGGAACCAGCUGGUGUGUUAGAGGCUCAUGGAGCUUCGCCUCAGGAGCACACAGACGCUCCACAGGGUUGGGAUAAGGGCUGUCAGUACUCUGGGAGCUGCUGGAAGCAGCUGCAGGAAGGAGCAGCUGGCUUAGGUUGGAGGCUUUCAGGGAGCACCAGGGUUGUCAAGGACAUGAGAACAGGGGUCGCACUCUCACGUGUUUAAGAGACAGCUCUUGGCUUGGGAGGGAAUAGAGGACGUGGGCUGCCUUGGCCAACUUUUCCACCUGUGCAACAGGGACACUUGGCAGGAGAAUUCCUGGGUCAACCUGCCUGUCAGCUCCAAC